UAAUAAAUGAUAAAAAGAAAAAACAUUAUCUCCUAUGAUUAGCGGUUAUAAAUAAAGUAGAGAAUAGAGAAGAAGGAACGAAUCACACAAACAUUACAAGGAAGGAUGAUGAUUAAAGGACAAACCUUUGUCUCCGUCCUUUUGUUUGUCAUCUUCCUCGUAUCUAUCCCUUUCUCAACCACAUUCGCUGCACCUCCGUCGUCGGAUUCUAUCUACGAAUCCUUCGUUCAAUGUUUCUCCGACAAGACGAAAUCCCCACAAUCCCAAAUCACUGACAAUGUCUUCUCUCAGACAAACCCUGCUUUCUCCUCCGUCCUCCGUGCUUACAUCCGCAAUGCCAGAUUCAACACUUCCUCUACUCCCAAACCCACAAUCAUCGUCACUCCUCUCUCCGACAGCCACGUCAGCGCCGCCGUCGUUUGCUCAAAUUCCUUAAAUUUCCUCCUUAAGAUCAGAAGCGGCGGCCAUGACUACGAAGGUCUCUCUUACAUCUCUGACAAACCUUUUUUUAUCCUCGACAUGUCUAAUCUCCGUGACGUCUCCGUCGAUAUCGCCGCCCAAUCGGCUUGGAUCUCCGCCGGAGCCACUCUCGGAGAGGUCUACUACGGAAUUUGGGAGAAAAGCAAAGUCCAUGGCUUUCCCGCUGGAGUUUGUCCCACGGUUGGUGUCGGUGGGCAUAUAAGCGGCGCUGGUUACGGUAACAUGGUGAGAAAAUUUGGAUUAUCUGUGGAUUACGUUGAAGAUGCGAAGAUCGUCGAUGUUAAAGGUCAGAUAUUGGAUCGGAAAGCAAUGGGUGAGGAUCUUUUCUGGGCUAUCUGCGGGGGAGGAGGAGCUAGCUUCGGCGUUGUGUUGGGAUACAAGGUCAAGCUCGUUCCUGUGCCAGAGACUGUUACGGUAUUUAGAGUGGAGCAGUAUAUGGAUUCAGGAGCUGUGGAUAUGGUUUACAAAUGGCAAUCCGUUGGUCCCAAGACAGAUCCGAAUCUGUUUAUGAGGAUGUUGAUUCAACCCGUGACGAGGAAGAAGGUGAAGACUGUGAGAGCUACUGUGGUUGCUCUGUUCUUAGGCAGAGCAGACGAAGUUGUUGCGUUGCUUGCUAAGGAGUUUCCUGAAUUGGGGUUGAAGAAGGAGGUUUGUGAGGAGAUGACUUGGAUUCAAUCGGCUCUAUGGUGGGACAAUGAUGAAAACGCUACUCAGACUGAUCCUAAAGUGUUUCUUGAUCGGAAUCUCGAUACCGCGAGUUUCGGGAAGAGGAAAUCGGAUUACGUCGCGAGUGAGAUGCCUAGAGAUGGGAUUGAGUCUUUGUUCAAGAAGAUGAUCGAGUUGGGGAAAAUUGGGCUCGUUUUCAAUCCGUAUGGUGGGAAAAUGGCGGAGGUUGCGGUUAAUGCGACACCGUUUCCGCAUCGAAACAAUCUUUUCAAGAUUCAGUACUCUGUGAACUGGAAAGAAAACUCUGCCUCGAUAGAGAAGGGGUUCUUGAAUCAGGCUAAGGUUCUGUACAGUUUCAUGACCGGUUUUGUGAGUAAGAACCCUAGGAGUGCUUACUUGAAUUACAGAGAUGUCGAUAUCGGUGUAAACGAUCACGGUACGAAUAGUUACAAGGAAGGAGAAGUGUAUGGAAGAAAGUAUUUCGGAGAGAACUUCGAUCGAUUAGUGAAGAUCAAAACCACGGUUGAUCCAGAUAACUUUUUCAGGAAUGAACAGAGUAUACCUACCUUGCCAAGUAAGGCACAGUGAUAUAAUUUAUAUUUUAACAAAUGAAAAAGGUUUUGUUUUGAUUAAAACCAAAUAAUGUUUAGGGAAGGAGAAUAUGAUGCUUUUGGAAUAUAUUGUAUAUUGUAUUCAAGGAUGAAGGAACUCUAUUAUUAAUAAGAUUCUUUUUUCCAUUAAA